GCCGAUCAAAACACCGGACUCCUCGUCCUCCAUGGCUUCGUACGAUUUGGAGCUCCAACUCAGGCAACUGCUCACAAUAUCCAAUUCCGAGAAGCGACCUCUGCUAUUCUUCCGGCGACGGAAUUCUUGUUGCUGAAGCAAAAUUUAUAGCUCUAUCGUUCAUCAUUGCGAGAUUGAAGGUGCGUGGUUCGAUAGUUCUGCAAAUUAGAUUUGCACUUUAUGUGCCAUAUUGCUAUAUCUUUGACAUGCACCACUCUUUGGUUUGGUUUCUUGUCACAAAGGAUGUGUGGAAACUAGUGCAAUGGCAACAUCUAGUAAGUUUGAUGUAUCUUCUAGUAGUCCUGAUCGACCGUUGUACACUGGGCAGCGUGGAUCCCAGGUAGCUGCUUCACUGGAUAGAUCAGGUAGCUUUCGUGAAAGCAUGGAAAAUCCAAUUCUAUCAUCUCUGCCUAACAUGUCACGAAGCAGUUCUUCAGUGACACAAGGGGAUGUGACAAACUUCUUUAAACAUUUGCGAUUUGAUCCAAAGUUGGUAGCUGCAGAGCAUAAGUCUCUUCGUCAAGUGGAUCUCAAACGACAUGUGAACGUUGCUCUUGGGCUUCCACCUGAGGAAUCUUCACCUAGUUCUGCCAAAGGCAAACUAGUGGCCACCCCAGUGCCAGAAGAAAUAAGACGAGUAAAGACUGGAUUAUGUGAUAGCUUGGUGAAGGCUAGGCAACGUGGAAAAACCUUUAGUGAAGCCUUAUCUGUAUUCAACAAACUUUUCCCAAGUAUUCCUUCAAAGAAGAGAUCUCGAUCAGAAUGCUUUUCAAAUGAUCGUUCUAGCGUCAUGUUAAGUGAUCGAUCGGUCUUGGGACCAAGCGGAGGUAAGGCUGGAGUUCAAGGUCAUGCUGUCACUGGUGGUUAUGAACUUGAGCAGCAAAAGACAGAAGAGCGGAUGAAGAAUCUUGUUCCAAACAAGCGCACUCGAACUUCUUUGGUUGAUGUAAGGAUGGAUGUGCGGACUAAUUCACUCAUCAGGCCAUCUGGGACUGUAGAUAGAGACAAGGAAUUGCUACGGCUUGCUAGUAACAGUUCUGUUCAGGGUGAGGAACGAACUCUUCCUCUUGGAGGAGAUGGCUGGGAAAAGUCAAGGAUGAAGAAAAAGCGUUCCUGCAUUAAACCUGAUGGUUCUCCUAGUGCAGCAUUGACUAAACCUAUUGAUGCCUUCCAGGAGUCUAAACAGGGAAUACAACAGCGACUUGUUACUGAUACUCGGUCUAAAUUGAGUAACGAUUCCCAUUCUUUUAGGUCGGCAGUGUCAAAUGGAACUGUAGGAGCUGGAAAAUCAGAUGGCACCUCUCAACAGACUGGGCUGGGUGUACGUGCCUCUACUCCUAGAAAUGACCAAGACAAUAGUUCCCUCAUUAGUGAUAGGCGGGAUCGCCCUAUUAAUUCUGACAAAGAAAGGGUGAACUUCAGAGCUGUUAACAAGUCAUCUGUUCGUGAUGAAUUUAAUUCAGCUAGCCCCACCUCAAAUCCUAAAAUGCACACUUCUAUUCGGGCUCCACGAUCAGGAUCAGGGGUUGCCCCCAAGCUGUCUUCAGUUGUCCCUAAAGCAGCUGUAUCCAAUGAUUGGGAGCUGUCACAUUGUACCACCAAGCCCCCUGCUGGUGUUGGCAUGAGCAAUCGCAAACGUGUGGCAUCAGCACGGUCAUCUUCUCCUCCUGUGGCCCACUGGGCUGCACAGAGGCCACAAAAGAACUCACGCACCGCCAGACGUCCCAUUGUUUCUAGUAAUGACGAUUCUCCUGCUUUGGAUGCUGUAUCUGAUGUGGCUGGUAAUGACCUUGGGUUGGGAUUUGCCAGGCGGUUAGCUGGCAGUUCUUCUCAGCAAAUUAAAUUAAAAGGUGAUCCUUUAUCUUCAGCUACUGCCUUAUCUGAAAGUGAAGAGUCUGGGGUAGCUGAGAUCAAAUCAAAAGAUAAAGGCAGGAAAUCUGAUGAAAUCGAUCAAAAAGCUGGACAAAGUGUUCAAAAGUUUCCUAACUUGGUCCUGUCAACAAGAAAGAACAAGCUUGUUUCUGGGGAAGAACAGGGGGAUGGUGUUCGGAGGCACGGGAGGACAGGGAGGGGUUUUACUUCCACAGGAUCUCUGAUGCCUAUUACAUCUGAAAAGCUUGGAAAUGUGGGGACAGCAAAGCAACUUCGAAGUGCAAGACUAGGCUUUGAGAAGAGUGAAAGCAAGGCGGGCCGUCCCCCAACCAGGAAACUUUCAGAUCGUAAGGCAUAUACACGUCAAAAGCAUGUUGCUAUUAAUGCAGCAGCAGAUUUUCUUGUUGGAUCAGAUGAUGGGCAUGAAGAACUAUUGGCUGCUGCAAAUGGUGUUAUUAACUCUGCUUGUGCCUUUUCAAGCCCAUUCUGGAAGCAGAUGGAGCCUUUCUUUGGUUGGAUAUCUGACGAAGAUAUCAAUUAUUGGAAGCAAAAGGAGAAACUUGAAUCUAGUGCACCAGUGCCAACACCAGUUUCUUCAAAUGUUGAUGGUUUUGAAGCAGUUAAUGGUUUUGCAUUGAUUGAUGGUGAAAGAGAUGUUGGAUUUGGCAUUCCAAGUAAUGCUGGAGUUGUUCCGGAACAAUCACACCUUUCUAAAGUAGAUCAUAAUGUAAUACCCCUCUGUCAAAGGGUUAUGGCUGCUCUUAUCUCAGAGGAGGAUUUUGGCAGUGGAAGUGAAGAUUUCAGUUUUGAUGCUUAUGAAACUGAAUAUGAGCCAGAUGGGGAGUUGGAACUGGGCAGUUUGGAUCACCACUUGAGGGUAGAUACUAAGUUUUCAUGCCAUUCUGCUUAUAACGGUCAUACGAAAACUGGAAAGCUAGAAUAUGAUGAGACUGAAUGCGAUAUGGCUACUAUUCCAAUGUCCGGGUUGAAUGCAAACUUGGGCAAUUCUACAAAUGGUUCACUUCAAGACAAAGCUUUAUUUCCCAGUUUGAUCUGUUCAGAAUUGCAGUAUGACAGCCUUGAUAUGAAUGAAAAGGUUCUUUUAGAGCUUCAAAGCAUUGGGAUUUUCCCAGAACCACUGCCUGACAUGUUGCAAAAAGAUGAUGAAGGAAUUUGUGGGGACAUUGCUAGGUUAGAGGAGAAUUACCAAGGACAGGUGUCCAAGAAGAAAGGCUUGAUGGACAGAUUAAUGAAGUCUGCCUCAAUGACAAAAGAACUUCAAAAGAAGGAAUUUGAGCAGAAUGCUCUAGACAAACUUCUUGUCAUGGCUUAUGAGAAGUACAUGGCUUGCCGGGGUCCUGGUUCCUCAAGUGGGAAAAGUUCAAGUAACAAAAUGGCCAAGCAAGCUUUGGCAUUUGUUAAACGAACAUUGGAUCGAUGCCAUCAAUUUGAGGAUACAGGCAAAAGCUGCUUUAGCGAGUCUUUAUUCAUGGAUAUGUACCUUGCUUCAUCUUCACAGCUUAGUACUGUUCAAGUUGAUGGCAGGGAGGGUGAACUCUCAAGACAGUAUCCUUCCCUUUCUCUGGAAGCAAGAACAGCUUCAAUGGGUUCACAGCAGAGCCCUUCACAAUUUAGUCAGAAUAUGGAUAAUCAUGAUUUCAAUUCAUCAGAUGUACUUCCUACAUCUGAUCAAACAAGUGGGAAGGAAGAUCUGUGGUCAAACAGGGUGAAGAAGAGGGAACUGCCACUUGAUGAUGUUGGUGGUAGUACGGUUACAUCAAGUGCUCCAUCAGGCAUUGGAAAUUCUCUAUCGAUCAGUGCAAAAGGAAAGAGGAGUGAAAGAGAGAGAGAUGGAAAGGGGCACAGCAGAGACGUACGAAAUGGAUCUACCAAAGUUGGCAGACCAGCACUAUCCUGUGCUAAGGGAGAAAGGAAAUCUAAAACAAAGCCCAAACAGAAAGCAACUCCGCAUUCUGUUUCUGUCAAUGGUCUUGUUGGCAAGCUAUCAGAGCAAUCACAACCAUCAUUGCCUUCUGUUUCAAAGUUGAAUGACACAUCAGAUAGAAAUGCCAAGAAAAAAGAUGAAUAUGGCAUGGGCGUAUUGGAUGAUCCUGAGCCAAUUGAUUUGUCCCACCUCCAGUUGCCUGGAAUGGAUGUACUUGGUGAUGAUCUUGGUGGCCAAGGUCAGGAGGAUCUUAGUUCAUGGUUUAAUAUUGAUGAUGAGGCAUUGCAAGAUGAGGAUUUUGUGGGACUUGAAAUUCCAAUGGAUGACCUUGCAGACUUGAAUAUAAGGGUUUGAAGCUGUUCUCUCUGUAUAGUCCUGUUCAUUAUACCAAAUGACAAAGGAAACAAAGUAAUUUUAAGAAACGACUAGUUACAUGGGAUGGUCUUAUGGCUAUCCUGUCCACAAUUAGGUUAUAUAGAUUCUUUGGUAGAAGACUCCUCCCAAGCUGCUUGAGUGACUUUUCCAGCUGUUUCAGAUUUUGCUCGUGUUAAAGUUUGUGACUUCCACUGUAAAGAUCUUUUUGUUCAAAGUACAAGUUAGUAUCCCUAGUGAUUAUAUCCUAGCAAACACUGUUCUGUUUGUAGCUCUUACAAAUCAGAGAACAAGGCCUCUUGUACAUACAUUUAAUAUUUCUAAUAAAAUCAUCUUUUCAUUUGCUGAAAUAAAA